CAGACGACAGUCUGCAGAUCUUGCUGGAGGAGAAGGAGAAUCAGGAGAAGGAGGAGGAGGAAGCGAAGGAAAAGCAAGUCCUGCAGCUCCUGGAAAACGAUGAGGAGGAAGUCGAGGAAAAGAAGACGUGGGAGGAGAAGGAGAAUCAGUUGGCGGGACACAAGCGACGGCGGGAUUCAAGAAAAAGGCGACGUGCAACAUAUAGUUCUUCUUCAGACGACAGUCUGCAGAUCUUGCUGGAGGAGAAGGAGAAUCGGAAGUCCAUAUUAUAUCAGCCCAAUCGUUGGAAAAAUUUUGCCACCAAAGAUGAUUAAUCAUGAUCCAUUUCGAAAGGCAAGCGAUGAAGACCUCAAAAACCUUCAUAGGUGUAAAACACGCCAUCAGGAUUUCAGCUUCACUACUUUUAAUGUCAGAUUCCCCGAUUUUAUUGAAGAUAUCAUGACGAGGAGUCUCAGUUGUCGACUGAUCAUAUGGACUGCUUCUUGGCAAUGUAUAGGAAGAUGUUGAAGAGCCAACCUGAGCUCUUCC